UAGCCCAGCCAGAUAGCCAAAACGGUACCCGGAUCUCACUCUGUUUGCGAGUGCUGCUGUUCCCAUAAUUCUUUGGGACAACCAACAUGGCGGCUUCUCUUGAGCUUUUGCAACCUGCCCUGCUUUUUGUAGGCUUUCUUGUAAUUGCCUUAUUGUCGCUUAAUUUCUUGGCUACAAAGAACGUCAAAUACCCUCCGGUUAUCAAAGGUUGGAUCCCUUGGCUUGGAUGUGCGAUCGAGUUUGGAAAAGCGCCCUUGCUCUUCAUCAAGAAAUCAAGCGAGACGCACGGAGUGAUUUUCACAGUUUAUGCCGCUGGACAGCGGAUGACUUUCCUGACCGAUGUCAGUGACUUUCAAGUGUUUUUUAACUCUCCACAAGCAGACUUUCAGCGAGCCGCUGAAGAAGCGGUGAAGAAUACAGCAGGAAUAAACAAGAUCGAUUUCUUUGCAAAUCAUCGUAAAAUCCAUGACCUGGUCAAGGGGCGACUGUCUUCUUCCAAUUUGCACAAAUUAGCUCCAAAAGUUGGUAAACAAUUAGAGGAAUACAUUAGGCAAGGUAUGUUUUACGGAUUUUUUUUCUUUUUUUCACAUAUGAAAUUGAGUGAGUACAAGACACAAGACAAGACAAUAUAUAUUCAUAAAGAGACNAUCAAGAAAUUACAGAUAGUUGAGCGGUGUAUUCUGGAAGCCAUUCGCCUGCGCUCACCUGGAAUGAUUGCAAGGAAACUUACACAACCCAUUCGAGUGCAGGGCUUAACAAUUCCAGCUGGUGACAUGCUCAUGAUCUCGCCUUAUUGGGCACAUCGAAACGAGACCACGUUCCCGAAUGCAGAUUCAUUCGUCCCUGGCCGCUGGAUUCAGACUGCAGGCUCAGAUAAAUCCACUUCAAGCGAUAACUUCAUUGCGUUUGGCGGCGGUCGCUUUCAAUGCCCAGGUCGUUCCUUUGCCAUGAUGGAAAUACAGAUGUUUGUAUCUGUUCUCCUAUGUAGAUUUGACUUGGAAUUAGUGGAGAAGAAAGUGCCUUCACCAUCUCCGCAACAUGUUGUUGGUGUUCCCCAUCCGGAGUCGAAAUGUUACGUUAAGAUUUGUAAUAGAAUUAGGACUGAAUUAUAAACAAUUAUUGGAUGAGGUUUUUGUGAUAUCCGGAAUAACCGAGGU